AUGGCUUCUUCACACUCGAAUCUCUCGGCUGCUUCGUUGCCGCCUUCGUCGCGUUUGUCUACCGGUUCCAACAACACCUAUGUCAUGUCUACCUCUCCCAGAUCAAGCCGUACCUACUCGUCGCGUCGCCGCAACCACGACACAUACAUGCCUACUAUCAUGACCACUGUGGGCCAGAGGCCUGCGUGUCUUGUAAAUGCUUCCGUUACAUAUGUCGGCAAUGACCAGAUCUACGCUUUCGGCGGCUUCGACCAAUACACGGACGAAGUCUACAAUCACGUUCUCAGACUGGAUCUGCAGGCCAAGCAAUGGAGUCUGGUCGACAACUACGGUGACAUUCCUGGCGUGCGUAUGGGUCACACUGCUUGUCUCUGGCAGAACGAGAAACUCCUUGUAUUCGGUGGAGAAAACGAACACCGCUCCCACCUUGCCGACGUUAUCAUCUUUGACCUCAAAACUGCCCACUGGACCUCACCCGAAGUCCAAGGUGUUCCCCCGCGUGGAAGAGCAAGACACUCAGCUGUCAUUCACGAAGACAAACUUUUUGUCAGUGGUGGCAUGACUGGCCAGGAUAAUGCUGUACUUGAUGAUAUUUGCUAUCUUGACCUCAAAACCUGGACAUGGUCGCGACCCUGGAAGUUUGUACCCAGAUACGACCAUUCAACAUGGAUCUGGCGCGACAGGCUCUGGGUGUCGGGAGGCAUGACCGAGGACAUGGAGCGUACGAGCGACAUCUGGUGGCUCGACUUGAAGGGCAUCCCUGCUUUUGAAGGCGCUGCCCCCGGUGAUGACAUGUCUAGAUCAUCCAUGUACUCCUCUACGUCAAUCGCUACACAGGCAGGCCCCACUGGAGCCUACGCUGCAAAUUCAAGCAGCGUGCAGGUAAAUCCCGGCUACAUGGUCCAGCGUAACCCGCCCAUUGCGCCAGGCUCCAUCUCUUCUCUCCGUUUCAUCUCAAACCCCAACCUUCCCGUACAGAAUGUAGGAUAUCAUUUCCAUGUUUUCUCUUCCGCCUGCUUGCUCGACUUUGUCACGCCAGCAACACUCAUGUCCGCAUCUGAGACAAGCCUGUCAGCCUUUGACUUGGACUCUCUGCGUUGGCAAAAGCUAGCUGACGGAAAGGACAUAUUCAACCCAAACUACCGCUGGCAUUACUGCUGUCUCGAUUCGGACGGCACGCAUGCUUGGUUGCUUGGAUGCCCGAACUCGCUUCCCAGGAACGCACCCGAUGCCGAGGAAUAUCUCAGUGAUGUACUUCACCUCGACCUCAGAAAACUUGGCCUCCUAGGCAACAAGCUCACUCUGGAGUCCAGAUCCAUCCAGGAGACCCCGACUUCCGAUAACCGGCUCUCUUCGCACCUCUCUGCUAUUGGCGCUGAUCUCGCCCGCACGUUUGAUGUGCCUUCGGAGCAGGGCUCUGGUGCCGAUUUCAUCAUCACAGCUAACCCAGACGACGACUACGACCAGGACUAUGACGGAGAAAGUGUGAGAUCACAGGAGAAGCCAGCAAAUGCGUCUCAGCCCAUCCACGUCCAUCGCUUCAUCCUUUCAGCACGUUGGCCACACUUUGCUCGUCUCUACAGUGCUCAGAUGUCGGAGUUUCACACGAAGAAGAUGCACAUACCUGAGCCGUAUGCUGCAGUGCGCGCCUUCCUCUAUUACCUCUACACUGACUCUAUCGCCCCAUCAUCCGUCACGUACUCUGCUUCACCAUCACCCAGUCUCGAAGACGUGGCAGGCAUGCUUGUCAUGAGCAACAUCUAUGACAUGCCUCGCCUACACCACCUUUGUGUCGCAAGAUUGGUUCGCGAGCUCGACAUCCAACACGCUGCUCUCAUAUUUGAUUGCGCAAGCGUUGCUCAAGAAUCUUGGCUCAAGCGUCGGGCAGCCAGCUUCUGCAUGACUCACUGGGGUCGCGUUGUACGUACUGAGGGCUUCCGACGACUGUCGCGCGCUGCCAUGCUUGAGCUCUGUGAGGAAGUGGAUGCAGAAGGCCGCGUUGUCGGUGGAGAUGAGCUUGAAGCUGUCGGCGCACUCGGAGGCGCAAGGCUCAGCACUCUCAGCAAUUGGCCUGAAGGCAGAAAGCGAAGAAUGAACUCAGAGAGCGGUUUGAUGGAAGAAGUCGCUGACGAAGAUGACGAAGAAGGUAUGGAGGUUAAUUAG